AUGUGGGGUCCGGGAAUAGCAUCCUGCAUCUUCCGCUUCAUUUGUCACAUUCCCACGGGAAUGAUGGGCUUUGACGGCAUACAUAUCUACGAGCAGGCGAAGAGUUUAGGGAAAAUCUACGAUGUCAUCCCGCAGGGUUGGAACUUCCUACGGGGCCUGCAUAUCAUUGGCAUCGCGGGGGUGAUAACAUUUGGCUGGAACAUCUUCCAAUUCUGCGCGUCCCCGUUCUGCCGCGGAAAUCUCCUCGGCACCGUAGGGUUGGUCGAUUUGAUUCUCACAUUUUCACUACUCGUCGGUCUCGUGAUGCAGCACCUGUUCCUCCCCGGGACGUAUGGCGUCUGUGACGGCGCUGCCGACUGGAAGAACGGCACCGACGGGCGCGAAUCGGUCAACUUCUUCAUUGUGGCCAGCAGAUCGAGCGGAUUUGAAAGUUAUGGCGGGCUGAAUGGCAUCUGCCACACAAUGGUCCAAAACUGGGUCAUCAGUAUUGUCGUCAUAAUACUCUACCUGAUAUGUGGUCUUGUCAACGUUGUCAUUGGUUUUGGCGACGAGCGUACACUUGAAUGGCUCCUACGGGUCCGGGAAAAUGACUCGCCAGCCUCACCACGAUGGCUUUUCAGCGACUAUGGCUUUGUGAACCUCGCACUGGCCCUACCUACGGCCGUUAUUCAAGCAGGGAUCCAUACCCCAAGAGUUGGGUACUUUGCCUUUCGAUAUGUUUGCAAAAUCCUUGCGCGGACGAAGAGGGGAGGAAAUAUCCAUCUACAGACAGCCCUCUUAGGUGACAAGGACACCACCGCACAAAUGGGAGAGUUCCGCCAACAUACGUGCCGGCCCAUCUGCUCCAAGUGCCUGUACAAGAACCACUGCCAGGUGAGACCCAAGUCCGGACGACGAAGACGAUACGAGUACAACAACUACGGCAGGAGAUAUCCGAACGCUGAUAUCGAGAUGAACGGUGCCGACGUCUCGCCUUUCCAGCAGAAGGAGGUAUGCCGUGUCUGCGCCCGUAAAUCGCCAGACGAGCGAUUGAGAAUAAUCGAUUCGCAGGAUAUGCUCGAGGUCCACCGGCUGACCAGGCUUCCACUCGCUUGCGAUGAAUGCAAGGAACUGCUGCCAGCAACAGGGGUGCGGUGGUGGAUAGACGCCGAAACUGGAAGGGAGUGUGGCUGGUCUGGUCAUCCUCCCUGGGCUAUGAAUUAG